GAAUUCGACGACGGCAGAGUACUAGCUACACUUGACAAUUUGAUUGUAAUUUUCGCAUUUUCUUUGGAUGAAAGUUACAGCAAAGUUAUUUAAUCUGUGUAGUUCACCUGUUUAUCUUAAAUAAGAAGUAAUUACAUCCAACAGUAAUGGCAACAUUCAGCCUUUGCAGCCGAUUAAUUUCGUGCCGACGUCUUACGUUUCAAGUGUUGCAUCGCAGUUAUGCACAACAAAUCGGUGCAGCUCCAGUUAAAAGGAUGAGCAAUACAAAACUAAUGGUUGUGAGCAUGGGAGUUGGAGGACUUAUUGGUGCCGGAUAUUCUGGUUAUUUGUCGAUCACCAGUGGAGGCGAUACUGCCCUAGCAACAGAAAAGAAACCGGCAGUUAUUGAUAAAUUUCCGGAUAAUGUACGAAUCACGCGCAAAAUCUAUAAUCCCAAUGAUAACACAGACUUGGACCUGGUGUUGUUUCAAUACCAAACAUGCCCGUUUUGUUGCAAGGUUCGCGCAUUUCUGGACAGUCAAGGAUUCUCAUACUCAGUCGUUGAGGUAGACGCCGUUCUUCGACAAGACAUUAAAUGGACCAAAUACAAGAAAGUUCCUAUGUUACUGGCAAAACGGAAGGAUGGAAAAUACGUUCAGUUGACAGAUUCGAGUAUGAUUAUAUCGUCAUUAGCCAGUUACCUUCUAAAUACAGAUCAAGACAUCGGUCAAUUGGUUAACUACUAUCCAAGCAUAUCUUUUACCGAUGAUAAUGGCAAACAGAAAACUGACGUCGUAAACAAGUACUUUUUAAUGUUCCAAGAAACUCGUCCGAAAUCAGCCACUAGGGAACAAAUGGAAGAGGAGCGUAAGUGGAGGAGUUGGGUCGACAGCCAUUUAGUGCACAUGAUAUCACCGAAUGUGUACCGAACCACUUCCGAGGCACUGGCAACAUUCGAAUGGUUUUCGCAGGCCGGCGAAUGGGACGUACAUUUCCCCAAAUGGGAACGAAACUUAAUGGUUUACGUUGGAGCAGCUGCUAUGUGGGCAAUAGGAAAAAGACUCAAAAAACGACAUGGAUUGACGGACGACGUACGAAUGCAUUUGUAUGAUGCUUGCAACCAGUGGACGAACGCUAUUGAAAAGAAUAAGACGAAAUUUUUGGGUGGAAAGGAGCCGAAUUUGGCCGACUUGAAUGUUUUCGGUGUACUCAAUAGCAUGGAGGGGUGCGAAGCAUUUAAAGAUUGUCUACAAAAUACGAAAAUUGGACCUUGGUUCAAUGCUAUGAAAGAAUAUGUGCGAAACCGUCGCGGAACAGUCUUAAGUCAAGUGGAUAUGCAGUACUUACCGAACUAAUGUGCAUCCAAUUCGUCACUCGACGGCACCAUCGUAACAAAAUGUAAUAAUUGAAUGGAUUACUGAAUACAAAGUUUAUUUUCCUCCCAAU